CAUUAAAGAGAAGUUAUCGAGACAGCCUGUCACCAAUCUUGCCAAAAACGUUGUGCUAUUCUUGGGUGAUGGCAUGGGUGUGAGCACCGUCACUGCGGCUCGUAUCUACAAAGGACAGUCCAAGUACAAUAACAGUGGCGAAGAGUCUGUUCUUUCGUGGGAACGCUUCCCGUACGUGGCCCUGUCAAAGACGUAUGGACUUGACACCCAGACAUCUGACUCGGCGAACUCUGCAACCGCCUAUCUUUGCGGAGUCAAGGCCAACAUGGGCACACUGGGUGUAGACUCAACUGUUAAGGCCAAACAGUGCCACAAUGACAGCUCUGCGUACGUGGACAGCAUCAUGCAAUGGGCUCAGGACGCCGGCAAGUGGACUGGUAUAGUGACGACAACAGCAGUCACGGAUGCGACCCCGGCCGGUUCGUAUGCACACUCGGGCUAUCGUAGAUGGCAGUACGACGUCCCGAAAGGCUGCAAUGCAUCUGAUAUUGCCCAGCAACUGAUAUUGAAUUCACCUGGAAAAAACAUGAGGGUCAUUCUUGGAGCAGGAAGAAAGGUCUUCUUCAAUUCUACGGAAUAUGAUGAAGAAUGCAAGAAAGGUGCAAGAAUCGAUGGGCUCAACUUGAUAAAUGUCUGGCAAGCAAUGAAAAAUAAUACUAAUGCUAGUUAUGUUUGGAACAGAUCCCAGCUUUUAGCGGUUGAAACUAACUCUACUGAUUACUUGUUAGGCCUAUUCGAUAAUGAGCAAAUGCCGUACUGGCUCAACCGCUCUGAACCCAACUCAACAAAGCCAAAUCUGACGGAGAUGGUAACGGUUGCUUUGAAAAUACUUUCAAAAGCGCCCGAAGGUUUUGUACUGCUUGUUGAAGGUGGCCGCAUUGACCAUGCCCAUCAUGCUAACCGUGCAAAGCUUGCCCUUCAGGAAACGCUCGAAUUUGACGAAGCCGUCAACAAGACAGUGCGAACUCUUCCUGAAAAUGAAACCCUCUACGUUGUGACAGCAGAUCAUUCGCAUACGAUGAGUAUAGCAGGCCACCCGAGUCGGGGAACCAACAUACUGGGACUGGCUGGAAACACCACACUACGGAGCGAACCUAAAAGCACAUAUACUGUACUGUCCUAUGCGGUUGGACCAGGCUACAGAGAACGUGAAAAUUAUACGGAAGAAGAGACAUCGGGAGACGAUUUCAUCCAGCAAGCGACGUAUCCUUUAUGGAGUGCUACUCAUGGCGGGGAGGAUGUGGCCGUUUAUGCCAAAGGACCAUGGGCACACCUCUUCGAUGGCGUAAACGACCAGACGUACAUUCCCUACGUUAUGGCAUACGCUUCGUGCAUAGGCCAAUUCAACGGCAGCAAAUGUCAUCACUUCAACGUUAAGACACGUUUAUUUUAAAAGCUGGGAUUUCAAACUAAACAAUACAAAAAAUAAAUUUUCGCACCGUGAUUAACUAUUUUUCACAUGGCCUGUACAGUAUAAAGGUAGUUUCACAUAACUCUAGCCAGUGUCCUAAAUGU